AUGAAGCGGUCUCAUUAUGGUGGGAAGCCUUCACAUUCCUUUACUCCUCAUAUUAAAAUUAUUCAUGCUCCAAACUCAAAAACUGUUUAUGCAAUUUGUAAAUGGUGUGAACAAAAACAUGACAUAGUUCAACAACCAAUGCAACUGUAUCUUGCACAAGAAUAUAGUUUAGUUGAUAUAUCUCAUUUUGAGAAAUUGGUUUUAAAUGCGACAAUUGAAAAUGGAUGGUCAUUUAAUUGGGUUGAAAAAGAAUCAUCAAUCACAAUGCUUAAAUUUAAAUAUCCAAAUCUUGUAAUACCAAGUCAUACCCUUGGAGGACAUAUAUUAAAAGAUACUAUACAAGAACUUCAUUCUGAAUUAAUAACAAAGGCAACUCAUGAUAUUGUUGGAGUGUCAUUAGCAUUCGAUAGGUGGAAAAAUAUUUUAAAACAAAAUAUUUUUGGAACCAUACUUAUUACAUCUUCUGGUGAAGUUUUAAUUUGGAGUGUUCAAGAUAUUAGUGCUGAACUAGAACGAACAACCAAUGUAAUUUCUAAAAUUGAAGUAUUUCUUGAGGAUUUAAAAACUCAACAAAUUAAAGUUGGUAAUACUAGAUGGAAUAGCUUUUAUGAAGCAUUUAGUUGUCUUUUGUGUUCAAAAGCAUCUUUAAUUUCUUUAAUUGCAAAAUAUACAUUACCUGAAGAUAAUAGUUUAGCUUUGCCAAACUAUAUUUGUGAAACAAUCAGUGAUA